UCCGCGUUACAUCGUAUAGUCGGAGUACCUUUGUCCUAGCGGUAUUGAUUACAAACUGGUUUAGUACGCUCGAAUGAUUCGAGCUAUACAUGAGAGAUUUUUCUUUAUUGAAAUCAGUUCUAGCGAGUCACUACUAGAGACGACAUCGCCUUAAUUCAUCUGCAAAUAUGGAGCCUCAACAAAUUCAAGAUAUGAUAGACACCACAUUACGGACAUCUUUACAGGAACACAGAACUUCGAUGUUGACAGACAUGGAGAAAGUUUUUGAAAAGAUAAGUGGCAAUUCAAAUUUAGAUCAAAUGGACAAAAUUUCUAGCAUUUUGACCGGUAUGCCAACUUUCAAAAGAAAAUCUAAUGCAGAACAAUAUAAACACAAUUCAAAGGUUACUGUUGCUUUAGAGGCUGCCGAUAAAUUAAUUCUAUCAGGCAAUGCUGAGGAAAGCCGAAAGAAAAUCGCCGAAGCUCAGGGUUUGAUUGCACAUAGACAAAAAACUCAUACGUUUGGCUGAUACCUCAGAACUCGGAUGGCGGGUUGUGAACGAGUACGAGGCCAACCCGUUGGCUGAUGACUCGGAUGAUGAAAAGAAGAUUCUCCAGGCCGAAGCGAGGGCAAACAGAAAAAUGAAAGCGGAAAAGACUAAGAAAACACGCAAUGCCAGGGGCUUGCCGUACAGACGACCGACAGCGACGUCUACUGGCACUGUUCAAGCAGCAGUUCCCAUGGUUCCGCAGACGGCACCUCGUCGUCCAGGGUUAUGCUUUGCCUGUGGGAAAGCAGGUCAUUGGAAAGGUUCAGCGGAAUGUUCUGCGAAUAUGUCAAACAAUAAGAUAAGUAAUCUUAGUUAUA